AUGUUAUCUCUAUGCUCCAAAGUGUCUAAAUCCAAGUGCAAAUUGAUGAAACCUGCAAAGCCGUUACGUUUAAAAGUUGAUAUUGGAAUUGGAGUGAAGUUAACAGUGAAGUUUGAAAAUCCGAGACCAGAAACAGAAUCAGUGAAGAAGAAUUCCGAAUGGAAAGCUCUCUAUGUCGAUGAUUUUGACGAACGCUAUCCAUUUACUAUUGCUCAUGAGUUCAGUUAUCUGACGACUGAAUGUUGGUUGUCAAAUGACUAUAACUCAAAAACAGACCGGACAACUUCGAAAUAUUGGAUUUCAAAACGCUACUUCAACGAUGAGUUUUUGAAAUGGGUUGAUACAGUCAUUGAAGUAUUCAACGCUUCUAUUGAUAGUAUUUCAUUGGAAAAGUCUUAUAAUGAGAAAGUAAUAAAAUGGAUUGAAUCAAGGAGAACUUCAAUCGAUAAGCUGAGUGUUCAUUGCUACGAACCUUUGGAAUCACUGCAAAACAUUCUGAAAUAUUCUAAACCAAAGAAAGAGUUUAAUAUCCAGUGUGAGGUUUUCAAUCCUGGUUGCUGUCCCAUUAUCCACUCGAAAUGUACCGCUUUCACGGACGAAGACCUCAUUUUCUUUCUGAAAAACUGGAAGAGAAGUGAUAUAAAUGUGGAAUCCCUGUCAGUGGCACGAACUUCCAGCUCAUCGGACAUUGAUGAAAAAGCAGUGAUUGAAGAAUUGGAUACAGUAAAACUCCAAAAAGCACUACAGUGCGCGUCAUAA